AUGAACAACAAUCAUUUUGCACCGCCGCCCCAACAACAACAGUACGCAAUGUUUCCGCAACACAUUGCGUACGCGCCGCAAGCCGCACCGCAUCCGCAGAUUGCGCAACAAGCUGCAGCCGCACCGCCCGUGGUGACUAGUAGUAUGAAUCGGUCGCAGAGGUUAGUUAACAAAAGGUACGGUUUUGUCGGAAUCGCGGAGUAUCGUUGUUUAGUCUCUAGAACUUGGUAUUCAAGAGAAAAAAGUUCUGCAGGCACCGGGAAUCGAUCCCCUGACCUUGUGGGUCGAAAAUCAAGUCACAAUUUUUGUUCGCGAACUUUGUAGUCUUCAGUUUCAGGUGCGCGCGUAAAAAUCCAAUUAUCCCCACACACAUUUUCUAGUAUUCUAGUACAAGUGUGUGUAGUUCUCUCGGACAUCCCCCCCAAAAAUCAAUCAAUAAUUUCAUUCUAGAUGCGGUGUUUGUCGUGGAUGUCAGUGUAAACCGUGCGGUCAGUGUACAUAUUGUCAGGAUUCACCGCAAUUCGGUGGGCCGGGUGUCAAGAAGCAGAGUUGUAUUGAGAGGCGAUGUUUGCGAGUGCUGGAGAAUCGAUUGCAGGUUGGUGUCUGGGGCUCUCUCCUUUUUGUCUAGUGAUCUCUAGAGGUGUCUGGUUGUCUAGGCUCUCUCAUCUACCCCUACAGCUAUACUCUCUAGGGUUUCCUAUUCGUCUGGGUUCCUCUAGUUGUCUAGCCUCUCUCAUACAGCUAUACUCUCUAGGGUCUGGGCUCUCUCCAUUAGUUGUGCUUCUAGAUGUCUAGACUCUCUCAUCUACCCCUACUCUCUAGGGUUUCCUAUUCGUCUGGGUUCUCUCCAUUAGUUGUGCCUCUAGAUGUCUAGACUCUCUCAUCUACCCCUACUCUCUAGGGUUUCCUAUUCGUCUGGGUUCCUCUAGUUGUCUAGCCUCUCUCAUACAGCUAUACUCUCUAGGGUCUGGGCUCUCUCCAUUAGUUGUGCCUCUAGAUGUCUAGACUCUAUCAUCUACCCCUACUCUCUAGGGUUGUCUGGUCGUCUGGGUUCUCUCCAUUAGUUGUGCCUCUAGUUGUCUAGACUCUCUCAUACAGCUAUACUCUCUAGCAUUUCCUAUUCGCCCGGGUUCCUCUAGUUGUCUACACUCUCUCAUAUAACCAUGCUCUCUAACCCUAUCUGAUUCUCUGGUUGUCUGCACUCUCUUAUAUUCCAGUUAUUUCUAGCUUACCCUAACCGUCUAGACUCUCUCCUCCAGCUGUUAUCUCUCACUCUGUCUACUUCUCUAUAUUCUCUCACCUAUCUGCGCUCUUCUGGAGUGUCUGGGUGUCUAGACUCUCCCAUCUACCCCUACUCUCUAGAGCUUUCUAUGCUCUCUGGAGUACUCUAGAUACCCGUACUCUCCCUUCUCGUUGUCUGCACCCUCUAAUCUAGAUGUGUUCUCUAACAUCCUCUCUGGGAUCUCUCAUUUUCUAGUACUCUCUGAUCAGAUUUUCUCUGGUUCUGUACAUUUUCUCGAUAUCUAGCUCAAGUUUUCUCUGCUUCUCUGAACCCUACUGUUUUUCUAGGGAUCUCUCAUCUUCACAGUGAUCUCUACCCUACUCUCCAUCUCUACCCUCUCUCACCCCCCUAACUCUCUGACUUUUCCAGCGCGACGCUCCCACGUUCAAAGCCCGAAUCGGCUGCAAUCAAUGCGAAGAUUGUCGUAUGCCCGACUGUCAAAUCUGUCUCGUCUGCCUCGACAAACGUUUCUUCGAAAAUCGAUACAUGCGCGGAGCGAUGUGCGCCAAAAAACGUUGCAACAGUGCGCAGAGUCUCGACUGCAGUGGAAGUGUGGCGGCGGCGACUGCCGCAUCCACCGCGUCCGCUUCCGGCGGUGCGGAAUACGUGCCACGUGUAAGUGGCGCGGCGAAACGAUCGUAUGAACAGAUUACACCGUCGCAACAGCAAGUCGCACAGGCUCAGGCUCAGGCUCAACAGCAACAGAUACAUUUUGAUAUGAAACGAAUGCAGUAUAUUCAACCGGCUCCACAAGCACAAAAUGCUCCGAAUAUGAUUCUACAGGUUCAACAGCAACAGCAUAGACCUAAUUGUGAGUUAGACUAACUUGGGGUUGAAACCUGGUUUGAAAAGCAGUUAGAGAGGUUACCGAAGACCACCCACGAAGCCUCAGCCUGAACGAAACAAAAAUAAUGAAAAAUUUAAAAGUUCAAACCUUCCUGUACGCAAAAGUGCGUCGCAGUGUCUGCACAUAGCAAUCCUCGGGGGGAAAUUUGAAAUUUUGAAGAUUUGCCUUUAAAAACUACCUAGGAGUACUAUUUACAACCCCUCAUUGUAGAUCUCAAGCGCAUAUUCAGAUUCAGAUUCAGAUUCCAAGCCCUAAACCACUGAUACGUUUCAGCCAAUUCAACAUCCUCCCUCUCCUCCCCGCCACGUGUCGCCCAACCAGCUCCCCAACAACUACCACCAACAACAUCAGCCAACAGCGUAGGCACACCAUCCGAUCAAGACUCACCACCACAAGUCACCACUCAGCGAUUAAUAUUCGCUCAACCUCCUCCAGCUGCCACCCAAGCCUAUCCUCUAGAAUACAACAAUAUGCUUAUGGUGCAUCAGAAUUUCCACCAACAACAACAACAACAGAUCGUGCAACAACAACAACAACAACAGAUUCCGUAUCACCAGAUUCCGUAUCACACCCAAAUCCACCAUCAAAACAUUCACCCACACGAUUUCUUUGGGGCCACUGCCAAGUUCGCGGUGCUCGAUGAUUUCGAGACGAACGGCGACCCGUUUAUCCCGCCUAGCUAUGCGCCGGACAUGAAAAACGCCGUCGUACUACAACCACUUUAA